CCUGCUGCGGUAUUGAUCCAGUCAUCGCCCCGUAAGGCUUCCACAUCAUACUCAGAAACGUAUAAAGUAGGUACCCGAUUCCGUACAAACCCCUGUUAGCUGCUCAUCGCGUCCUGCGCGCUUCAUCCUGUAUCUGUUCUUGAAAUGGGUCAUUACGGGACGGAAGGACUUACCCUCCAUUCAGGGACCCACGGCGAACAGGUGCCGGUCUUUGAGGCCUUCCAGGCACACUGCUCCGGCAAGCGAAUCAAUACCGAGUUCCAGACUCUCGAAGCUGUUCGCUCGCUCCACCCAGACAAGCACGUCACCGUGGUACAGCCCCAUGCGGCCGACCUUCACGGCUUUGCAAAGGCAGGUCAUGCUAAACUCCGGUUGACCACAUCCGGAAACAGCUUUCAAGCCCAGCGGACGUAUGAAGCGCCGCAGACACGUUUGCAGGGCGGCGAUGGCAGGCUUGGAGACAGUGUGCAGUUCGGUCUUUUCGAAUACGCGUGGAAAGGCCAUACCUUCCAGUUCUACGACAUCGCAUGGCCAGAUCCUUACAGGGGUCAACUUAGGCUGUACUACAUACUCUCCGCAAGAGAGGGCGAGGGUUCUCGCUACUCUGAGGCUGCUGACAGCGUGCUCAAAGCCUGCGGGCAGUGGUCAAAAGAGCUUCAUGAGGAGAUCUAUGUCUUUGACGCUGGCUGCUGGAAGAAAAGCAGCGAUCUUUGGAAGGCCGUACAGUCUUCAUACUGGGACGAUGUCAUUCUCGAUCCUGCCAUGAAGCAGACGCUUGUAGAUGAUGUCCACAGCUUCUUCGACAGUCGCGCUAUCUACCAAGAGUAUGCUGUUCCCUGGAAACGCGGUGUUAUCUUCCACGGCACUCCCGGCUGUGGGAAAACAAUCAGCAUCAAGGCGCUCAUGAACAGCUUGCUGAAGGAGAACGUGGCGCCAUUGUACGUGAAGUCAUUCGAUGCCUGCAAUGGCCCGCAGUACUCCAUCCGAAAUAUCUUCUCGCAGGCGAGAAGCAUGGCACCAUGCCUGCUCAUAUUCGAAGACCUCGAUUCACUCGUCAAAGACGAAGUCCGAUCCUACUUUCUCAACGAGGUCGACGGGCUGGAGAGCAACGACGGCAUCCUCAUGAUCGGCAGCACCAACCACCUCGAGCGACUUGACUCUGGGAUCAGUAAACGCCCGUCUCGUUUCGACCGCAAAUAUCACUACAAGCUGCCCGGCGAGCGUGAGCGGAUUCUAUACUGCGAGUACUGGCGCAACAAGCUCAAGCGUAACAGCAACGUCGACUUUACUGACGAGGUUGGCGAGAUUGUCGCAAAGCUUACAGCUGGCUUCAGCUUUGCAUACAUGAAGGAGUUGUUCGUGCAAACACUUCUUGCCAUCGUCGGUGGCAGAGCGGAUGCUGAAGACGACACAUUUGAUAGCGCCCUCUCCGAGGCUGCAGAGUCUACGAAGGCUGUCGAGAUAUCUGCCAAGCUACUGAAGGAUGACGAGGCAGUCGAGGGUACCGCGGAUGGCAAGGCGGAGGCGGAUCGUGAGGCAGAACGCAAGCCAACUCGUGAACCGCGGAAGGUGCCUGAUGUGAAGAUUCCAGAUCACCUCCAGGACCAUUCUCUGCUGCGUAUCCUGAGAAAGCAGAUCAUCGCCCUAAUCGCAGACAUGGAUAACACGACCGACGAUGAUGCUGCUGCAAAAUCAAAGAUAUAUUAAUUCAGCGUUCAGCACACCUUAGAUGCACCAUUUGGAGCAAGUAAACAUACUU